AUGGAGACCAUACAGCCACCCAAUACAGCGGUGGUCGUCGUACCUUUUCCGGCACAAGGUCAUCUCAACCAGCUCCUCCACCUCUCCCGCCUCCUCGCCGGCUACAACCUCCCAAUCCACAUCAUCACCACCACCACCCACGGCCGCCAAGUCAAGACCCGCAUCCACGGCUGGAAUCCACUUUCCAUCCACUUCCACCACUACCCAACUGAUCAUUUCGACUCCCCUCCACCUGACCCCACCGCCACCGUCAAAUUCCCCGACCACCUCAUCCCAUCUUUCAAAUCCGCCAUGCAUCUCCGUCAACCCUUCGUCGACCUCCUCUCUACCCUCUCGUCGGCGGCCAAAAGGGUCGUCGUCAUUCACGACUAUCUCAUGAGCACAGUUGUUCAAGACGCUGUUUCCUAUACCAACGUCGAAACCUAUAUGUUCACGUGUUGCUCCGCCUUCACUUCGUUUUGGUAUAACUGGGAGAGCACCGGCCGGCCAAGUCUCGACGGCGAACUCCAAUCGAUACUAAAAGAACUCCCUUCUAAUGAAGAUUGUAUGUCAACAGAUGGCUUGCAAUUCAUCCUUUCCAUAGAUGUAUCUUACAAAAGAUUUUCAUCUGGUAUGAUUCUUGAUUCUUGUCGGGUUAUCGAAGGGAAAUACAUCGAUCUACUCGAACAAGAAGAGGCUCGAGAUCAUCAAAAGCUUUGGGCUCUUGGUCCUUUUAACCCAGUUGCCAUAACUCGUGAUUCGAGCCCUAAUCGCCAUAAGUUGUUCGAUUGGCUCGAUAAACAAGCAUCCAACUCGGUUCUAUAUGUCUCAUUUGGCACGACGACUUCGAUAAGCAACGAGCAAAUCCAAGAACUCGCAAUGGGUUUAGAACAAAGUGAGCAAAGAUUCAUAUGGGUCUUGAGAGAUGCCGACAAAGGCGAUAUCUUCGACGGCGAGGUCAGGAAAAUCGAAUUGCCGAAAGGGUUCGAAGAGAGGGUGGGAGAGAAUGGAUUGGUGGUGGUGGAUUGGGUGCCACAGCCAGAGAUCUUGGGACAUCCGGCGACGGGAGGGUUUAUGAGUCACUGUGGGUGGAAUUCGAGCACGGAGAGCAUCACGAUGGGUGUGCCGGUGGCGGCGUGGCCCAUGCAUUCUGAUCAACCACGGAAUGCUAUGCUUAUAACUAAGGUGUUGAAUAUUGGGAUAUAUGUGAGGGAUUGGACGCGAAGGGAGGAGUUGAUAAGUUCGACGGUGGUUGAAGAGGCUGUUAGAAAAUUGAUGGCGUCGGAAGAAGGGGAGGAGAUGCGGAAGAGGGCGGCGGAGCUUGGUGGUAGAGUCCGUCGAUCGGUGGAAGAUGGUGGCGUGAGGCGGAUAGAGUUGGAUUCAUUUGUUGGUCAUAUCACUAGAUAAAUUUAAAAUUUGCUUUCCAUAUGGAAAAUAAUAGGGUAAAUUAUUUGUAGUUUU